AUGGCUUCUGAUGGCUCCCCUGGGUGCUGCUCCUCUGAGCCCUGUGCAGAGGCUCCGGACUGUGCGGCUGCCUCACCCUGUCCCACCGAUACAACUUGCCUGCCCAGUACCUGUGCCACAUCCAGAUGUCAGACCCCGAGCUUCCUCUGCAGGGCUCACCUCUCAGCCGGUCGCCUCUCACCCUGCUACUUCGCUGGCGGUUGUAACAGUCCGUGCCUGGUGGGGAGCUGUGCAUGGUGCGAGGAAGGGGCGUUCAACAGCAAUGAGAAGGAGACGAUGCAGUUCCUGAAUGACAGACUGGCCAGCUACCUGGAAAGGGUGAGAAGCCUGGAGGAGAACAACGCGGAGCUCGAAUGCAGGAUCCGAGAGCAAUGCGAGCCCGAUGCCCCAUUGGUGUGCCCAGAUUAUCAGCGUUACUUCGACACCAUUGAAGAACUCCAGCAAAAGGAGGUCAACUUGCUUCGUGAGCAGCUUGGAGAUCGGCUCAGCGUGGAGCUGGACACUGCCCCCACUGUGGACCUCAACAAGGUCCUGGAUGAGAUGCGAUGUCAAUAUGAGAGGGUACUGGCCAACAACCGCAGGGAUGCGGAGGAGUGGUUCGCUGCUCAGACAGAAGAGCUGAACCAUCAGCAGAUGUCCAGUGCCGAGCAGCUGCAGGGAUGCCAGUCUGAGGUGCUGGAGCUGAAGCGCACGGCCAACACUCUGGAAAUUGAGCUCCAGGCGCAGCAAACACUGACAGAAUCUCUGGAAUGUACUGUGGCUGAAACCGAGGCCCAGUACAGCACACAGCUGGCCCAGAUGCAGUGCCUAAUUGACAGUGUGGAGCACCAGCUGGCUGAGAUCCGCUGUGACCUGGAGCGUCAGAACCAGGAGUACCAGGUGCUGCUGGACGUACGGGCUCGGCUGGAGUGUGAGAUCAACACAUACCGGGGCCUGCUGGAGAGUGAGGACUGCAGGCUUCCCUGUAACCCAUGUGCCACCAAAUGUGAGCCAUCCUUCCAGACCAGAGCUAUGGAAUGUUUGACCCCAGUUUAUAUAUCUUCAUCACUCCCUGGGAUUCACAAGCCCUGCAGUGCCUCUGGACCCCCAUCCCGGAUCCUGGUUAAGAUAUGCACCAUCACCAAGGAGAUCAAGGAUGGGAAGGUCAUUUCUUCUCACGAGCAUGUGCAGCCUUGUUACAUCACCAGACCCGCCAAAGUCUAG